AUGCUCUCAGCUCCUAAACUGAAAAUAUCCGGGCCAUGUUUUCCUGUUAUUUUCGGUCGGCCCGUCGUAUUUUGCGUCAUAUUCAUUGUCACCUCUGCGAUCGUCUCCGUUGUUGUGUUCCUCAUCAUCAUCGCCGAACUGGAAAGUGGCCGACUACCCGACAUGGUAUGCAACAUCGAAUGGUUGUUCUUCGCGGAUUUUCCGAGGUAG